CGUAGUAUGUGCAGCAUCGUAAGCCGGGAGGGUGGGAGUUGGCCUGUCAAACUGCCUUAACUUAAUUGGAAACACAUGUCUGUGUGUGUCCCCUCCUCCUCCUCCUCCUCCUCCUCGCCAGCCCUCCAGGCUGGGGAAUUUUUGUCUGCUUCUUUGCAGCUCCAAAUCUGGGGGACUUCACAUUCCUGCAAACACCAUGCUGGGACAAGGCACAGGCCUUCCAAGUAUCUGCCUUCUGCUCCUCUUACCUGUCUUGGCUGCCUCUUGUCCCAGCCGCUGCUUGUGUUUCAGGACCACAGUAAGAUGUAUGCAUCUGAGGCUGGAAACCAUUCCUGAGGUCCCACCACAGACAAAUGUCCUGGACCUGCGCUUCAACCACAUCAGAGAAAUCCAGCCUGGAUCCUUCCGUAAUCUGAAGAACCUCAACACACUACUUUUGAACAACAACCAAAUAAAGCACAUUGCCCGAGGGUCAUUUGAAGAACUUGAGAACCUGAAAUACCUCUACCUUUACAAGAAUGAAAUACAAAACAUCCAGCAAAAUGCCUUCAAGGGACUCCGUUCCUUGGAACAGCUUUAUCUGCAUUUUAACAACCUUGAUGCCUUGGAGCCAGAUACUUUUAGUGACCUGCCCAAGCUGGAACGACUCUUCUUGCACAACAAUCGGAUUUCCAGGAUCCAGCCAGGAGCCAUCGCCCGAUUGGAAUCUCUGAAACGUCUGCGACUGGAUUCCAAUGCGCUGCUGUGCGACUGUGACCUGAUGUGGCUGGCGGAGCUGCUGAAUAAAUAUGCCAUCCAGGGCAAUGCCCAGACUGCUGUCACCUGUGAGAACCCAAAGGAGCUGCAAGGUCGUUCCAUUGUCAGCUUGACCACUCAAGAAUUUCACUGUGAGAGCCCUCGCAUCACAACAGAGCCGCAGAAUGUAGAUGUCACACUGGGCAACACUGUCUAUUUCAUCUGCCGAGCAGAAGGUAAUCCAAAGCCCAAGAUCAUCUGGCUGCACAACAACAAUGAGAUUGACAUGAAGGAAGACGGACGGCUGAAUCUGCUGCAGGAUGGAACAUUAAUGAUUCAGGAUACCAGGGAGUCAGACAAAGGCAUCUAUCAGUGCAUGGCCAAGAAUAUCGCGGGCGAAGCCAAGACUCAGGAAGUUGUCCUACGCUAUUAUGGAAACCCAUCCAAGCCAAGCUUUGUGAUCCAGCCUCAGAAUACAGAAGUCCUUGUUGGAGGAAGCGUGACCCUCGAAUGUGGCGUCUCCGGGAACCCUCCUCCUCGUGUUAUUUGGGUGCUGAGCUCGGGAUCUCCUUUGCCGCAGGAUUCACGCUUCACCAUCACUGGCUCUGGAGGCCUCUACAUCCAAAAUGUCACUUUCUCUGACCAGGGGCAAUACAGCUGCAAUGCCAGUAACAGCGAAGGCUCCAUCCAGGCCACAGCAAACGUUAUAGUUCAAGAUACUCCAAAGUUUUUGGUAACUCCUACAGAUCAGACGGUCACAGAAGGUCAAAGUGUGGAUUUUCCAUGUUCCGCUGAAGGCCAUCCUCUACCUGUAAUUGCUUGGACAAGAGCAGGUGGACCGUUGCCAAGUGAUCGGAGACACAGCAUCCUUGCCACGGGUACCUUGAGGGUAGUCCGAGUAGCCCUUCACAACCAAGGCCAAUACGAGUGCCAUGCCAUUAGCGCAAUCGGUGUCCGGAGUGUCCCAGUCCAGCUAUGGGUGACUCCGCGAGUGAUUCCAGUGUUCCUCCAUCCUCCACAAGAUAUGGUAGCAGAGACUGGGCAAGACAUUGAGAUCCCAUGCGCUGCUCAGGGAGAUCCACAACCCAUCAUAACAUGGGCCAAGGAAGGCAUUCAGAUCACAGAAAGUGGGAAAUUUCACAUCAGCCAAGAAGGGACCCUGUCUGUCAGAGAUCUGGGAACAGCCGAUCAAGGGAAAUACGAAUGUGUAGCCAGGAAUACCUUUGGAUUCACUUCCAGCACCAUGCAGCUGACAGUCAUUGCCACAAAUAUCGGCAGAAGUGGCGAUACAUUUGUAGCCACCUCAAUCCAGGAAGCAAUCAGCAGCGUGGACCAUGCUAUCAAUUCUACGCGCACUGAACUCUUCAGCAAGCGGCCCAAAACUCCUAAUGAAUUGCUGGCCCUUUUCCGUUAUCCACGGGACCCGUACACGAUUGAAACAGCUCGAGCUGGAGAGAUCUUUGAGAGGACUUUGCAGCUGAUUCAGGAGCAUGUGCAGCAGGGGCUGGUGGUGGACAUGAAUGGAACAGGUUACCGCUACAAUGACCUGGUCUCCCCUCACUACCUCAACAUGAUUGGCAACCUGUCCGGCUGUUCCGCCCACCGCCGCACACCCAACUGCUCCAAUAUCUGCUUUCACAAGAAGUACCGGACCCACGACGGCUCAUGUAAUAACCUCCAGCAUCCCAUGUGGGGGGCGUCCCUCACAGCGUUCCAACGCCUGCUCAAGCCAGCCUACCAGAAUGGCUUCAACCUCCCCAGAGGCUUCUCUUUGGUGGAAGACUCCAGAGAGCUCCCCCUUCCUCUGCCUCGCUUGGUCUCCACUGCUAUGAUUGGGACAGAGAUCAUUACACCUGACGACCAGUUCACUCACAUGCUGAUGCAAUGGGGCCAGUUCCUGGACCAUGACCUUGACCAGACUGUGGCUGCCAUCAGCAUGGCCCGGUUCUCAGAUGGAGAGUCUUGCAGUCAGGUGUGUACCAAUGACCCUCCUUGCUUCUCCAUCAUGAUUCCAGAGAACGACCCACGGGUGAGGAACGGACGCUGCAUGUUCUUUGUCCGUUCCAGUCCUGUGUGCGGCAGUGGGAUGACCUCCCUGCUGAUGAACUCUGUCUAUGCCCGAGAGCAAAUCAAUCACCUCACCUCUUUCAUUGAUGCCUCCAAUGUCUAUGGCAGCACAGAACACGAGUCAUUGGAACUCAGGGACCUCAGCAACCAGAAGGGGCUCCUCAAGGAAGGCCAAGUGGUUCCAAGCUCUGGUAAACCCCUCCUUCCCUUUGCGGUAGGCCCCCCAACUGAAUGCAUGAGGGAUGAGAGUGAGAGCCCUGUGCCAUGUUUCUUGGCAGGUGACCAUCGGGCCAACGAGCAGCUGGCCCUGACCUCCAUGCACACGCUAUGGUUUCGUGAGCACAACCGUGUGGCCAGAAAGCUCCUGGCUCUGAAUCCACACUGGGAUGGGGACACCAUCUACCACGAGGCACGCAAAUUUGUGGGGGCCCAGAUACAGCACAUCACCUACUCCCAUUGGCUACCCAAGAUACUUGGGGAAGCUGGCAUGAAGAUCUUAGGAGAGUAUAGAGGCUAUGAGCCCAACACCAACCCGGGCAUCCUGAAUGCCUUUGCUACUGCCGCUUUCCGUUUUGGCCACACCCUCAUCAAUCCUCUUCUCUACCGGCUCAAUGAAACAUUCCAGCCCAUCCGACAAGGCCAUGUCCCACUCCAUAAAGCCUUCUUCUCACCUUUCAGGAUCAUCCAAGAGGGGGGCAUUGAUCCUCUUCUCCGGGGGCUCUUUGGGGUCCCUGGGAAAAUGCGGGUUCCGUCUGAACUCUUGAACAUGGAGCUGACAGAGAAGCUCUUCUCCAUGGCCCACUCUGUCUCACUGGACUUGGCAGCCAUCAACAUCCAGCGGGGGCGUGAUCACGGCAUCCCACCUUACAACGAUUUCCGAGUCUUCUGCAACCUCACGUCUGCGCAGGAGUUCGAUGACCUCAAGAAUGAGAUUAAGAACCUGGAGAUCAGGGAAAAGCUCAGGAGCUUAUACGGGAUUACAAAAAACAUUGACCUGUUUCCUGCACUUAUGGUGGAAGAUCUUGUUCCUGGGACCAGAGUUGGGCCAACUCUCAUGUGUUUGCUAGUAACCCAGUUUAGAAGACUCCGAGAUGGAGACAGGUUUUGGUAUGAGAAUCCAGGCAUGUUCACCCCAGCACAACUUACUCAGAUAAGGCAGACAUCCGUGGCCCGCAUAAUCUGUGACAACAGCGACCACAUCCAGCAGCUUCCAAAGGAUGUGUUCCGGGUUGCCUCCUAUCCACAGGGCAUGGUGAGCUGUGAUGAUAUACCAGAAGUGGAUCUACGCAUGUGGCAGGACUGCUGUGAAGACUGCAGGACAAGGGGGCAAUUCAGGGCUCUCUCGCAGCAUUUCCGAAGCAAGCGAUCGUCCGGAUUCAGCUAUCCAGAAGAAAACCCUUCCAACACCAAGCCUGUUGGUCCAAGAAUGGAGGGAGUAUCUCAGAACCACCCCCCAGAAGAGGAUGUUGAGGAUUUGGUGAAGGAACUAGGAAAAACCAUCUCUUCUCUUCGGAAGCAGGUGAGUGGCUUGGAAAGAGAAAUGAGAAAGCAACAGAGAAGGACUGCAGCCAAAUAUGGUGAACAACAGAAGAAUGGAGCAAAGUGGAGCAAAAGAUGACCCAUUCUGCAUGCUAUUUCAGGCAAUCGCCAGCAGGUUGCAGUUGAUGUUUCCUACCAAGCAAAGCCUGUUUUACUCCAAGGGAAGCCAGAAGCAUCAAACAUUAUAAUCCAGACUCCACUGAAUCCUGGGUAUGUCUCUGAAGGCCACUGCACUACAAACCCUCCAGGUGCUGGAGUAACACGACACACAUGUCACAGACUUCUGGCAUCUCCUACAAAUGGUUUACUCUGCACACUACAUUGUCCUGCUUUGCAUAGUGAUUUUUCUUCCCAUCCAUGAUUUUCCUUGAAAAAGGAGCCUGUCUACCCACAGCACUGGUUUCAGAACAGUCACCUCUACUUCAGAAUAACCCUGUUGUACUUCUAGAAGGCUUCCUUCUUCAUUAUCUUAUCUCUUUGCGAGCAAACUUGGCAACUCAGCACACCCUGUUGAACUGUACCAUCAUCUCUGAAAGUCAAACACCCACCUGAGGUCCAAGCAAAACCAGCUACAUCUCAGCAAACUCCCAAAUCAGCAGAAAUUUGACUCAAGUGAAACUUUGGUAGGCAUUUACAAGUCUGCAGGCCAAGUGCCUUUGACUGUGGCAUAUAAGGAGGAGGACACAUCUGUUGGAACCCGCGCCUGCCAUACCUAGUGUGCAAAUGCCUGUCUUGAAAAACAAA